AUGGAGGAUCCAAAAAUCGUGGAAGGUCUCGUGAUCACCGGCAAUGUCGGAUGGAUCAUUCGCAUCAACCUAAUCACCGCGGGGCUGAAUCUGUUGCUAUUUGCAGCAGUUGGUAAUCCCGCAUCGCACCUAACACCGGAGCAACGGCGCAUUCUGAUCAAUUUCCAGCGCAUCGUAGCGGAAGAUGCGGAUGAUACCAUUGAUGAUGCGCUUGCGGGAGCACCGGCACGGGUUCAGCAAACGCUAACAGGUGUGCCGGUCGAGCAGCUCAAGAAAGAUGUUCCAUCUACGAUUAUCACUGCUGCUGCUGCUGCUGCUACUCCAACAGUCUCAUCGAGAAGCCCUGCGGCGGAUAUCUCGCUAGAGCGCAACCUGUACAUGAGUUUUGUCUGGAUUGCGCUCUUGUUGGCGGGCGUGCUUAGUCUGUAUGGGCUUGUUGUCCAACUGCCAUUGAUGCUAUGGUUCACCAGGAGUACGUCAAGUGCUUCUGGUUGGCGCACCUGGUGGGAAAGAAUGCACACCGCCUACACAUUGUCUGCCGGCUUCGAGUCUGGUGCCCGAGCCGCUGUACUCAUGCAGCUUCCAGUCUGGAUGGCGUGUGUAACCACCAUUGUCCUGUGGCGACUCGCGCUGAGUCCAACGAUGCGGCACGAUUCCGUGGGUGCUGUCGAGUCUCCAGCCGACGAACGUUCGACGCCACCGGAUGCAGCGAGUCAUCUACCGGCCCGCUACGAUAGCCUUGCACGAACGAGCUCGAUGGAAGCAGGGCAGGCCUCGAGGCGAAAGCAGAGGCCGCUGUAUUUGUUGCUCGGCGGCUGGCCUCGUCAAGGCUGGGAUGCAGCUCGUAUUGAAGCAGCGCUCUACAGAAGGUACCCGCAGUUAUCGAUUCAGAAAGUAGAGCUCAUCUACCGUGGACAACUGGUAGCUGCAGAGCGCCAGCGCCGGCGUCGCUACCUGCAAGCCUUCUACGAGUACUUGGCCUCGCUGCCUAGUGAAGAAAUCCACAUACCUCUGGGGUUGCGGUUGUGGACCACAUCACCGUCGGCACAACUGGAACAGCGCGAGCUCUGGCGACAAGCUGAGCUCGCGCGGCUAGCACAGCAGCUCGCCCAACUUGACCAGCAUGAUGAUGAUGAUGAUGGACGGACUGCGGGCAGCGAGCAUGCCGAGCGCUUUACUGGCUGGAUUCUGGUCGCUUUCCGGGAGCCUUGGUGGUUCCACCAGUGUCUUGUCGAUUGCGAACGGCAUCGUCGUCAGCGGCGGUUGCUGCCACGGCUCAUGAGCGCGUGCCGUCGCUUGUGCGCUUCCGUAGACGAUGCAUUCCAACAGCCUCUGGUAGCGGACAGUGCGACUUCUGGCCUGCAAUUAAGGGAGGCGAUUCCCACGCGAGAUGCCUCCUCUAACGAGAACGUGAACGAGGCGUUUUUUCGCCCACUGCACGCCGAGGCUGUUGAAUCUUUAUCGGACGUGCAGUGGUCCCAUCUGGGCAUACCGGCUUGGGAGCGAUGGCUACGUGAAGUCGUAUUGAAUGUGCUCUUCGCACUUGGUCUCUUGUUUCUGAGCUCGCCCGUAGCGAUUCUGUCUGUUCUUCAGGUGCUGGCGAGCGCAACGACGAAUGCGCCGCUCAGCUCGCUGCAAGCGUUUACAGCGCCCAACGCAAGCCGUUGGUGUCUGUUUUGGAGGCAGUCCAGCGAUCAUCAACACGGUCCAGUUGGUAGUGUUGUAGGGAAUCCUCACAUCAGAGGAAUCGAUAUGUUGAGCUGUUUCAAGACACUUUCCAGGCGCUUUGAGAUGCAUGGUGCCAUACAACAUGUCCUGCGCGCUUCGAGUCCAUGGUCCAAGCAGAUUCGUCGAACGCUGAUCCGGAUCGACGAGGCGACUGGCAUGCGAACGGGACGAAGCUCCUGGCCAACGGCCUUUGUAUUCUCGUACUUACCCGUUGGUCUGCUGAUGUUGAUCAACAGUGCCGUCCCGUGGAUGCUGCGACAAUUGGCGAAGCACGAGAGUCAUAUGACGCGCUCUGCAGAAGAGGCAUCGAUUCUGCGAAAGAGCAUCGCAUAUUAUCUGCUGAACACGCUGGUUCUACCGUCGCUCGCUAUCAACACUGCCGCUGAGGUUGUAUUAUUGGCUUAUCGCCGGGCGGCGAGCGGAAAGACACCCCAACGAGUGCUUCAAGUGGUCGAGCGGAUCUUCCGUGGCGAUAAUGCCUUUUUCUACACGAACUUUCUCAUCCAGCUGGCGCUUACGGGGAAUAGCUUGGCGCUUUUACACCCUAUGCACUGGCUACGCUUUCUUUGGCGUCGCCAGCACGCUUACACGCCACUGGUGCUCGCCCAAGCCGGCCAGGCUGCACCGUUUGACUACCCGUACGCCUACGCCCAGGUCAUCAAAGUGCUCGCGAUUGGGUUCUUCCUCGGUCCAUUCGUACCGUUUUUGUGGCUUUUUAUUGGACUGUAUCUUGUCACCAAGUAUUUUACAGAUCGGUACAAUUUGAGCAAAGUGCAUCCACCGCAUCCAACGGAUACGCGAAUGGCGCGGACCGCGACCAACGCCGGCGCUGUGGUGCUGACCACUGCGAUCGUUCUUCUGGUGCUCUUGUCAUGGAUAUACGGGAAUACCGGGCUCCUGUUGGUGCUUCUCUUGAGCGUGGCGUACUUAUGGGGACUUUUGCUUGAGCUGCGGUGGCAUCCUGAUCGUCUUGUAGGUUUUACGCAUCGGAUACGGCAGCGUUUCGUGCUGUUCGGAACCUACGCACUGCAGCUGGUACGUGCAGCGCCGCCCUGA